AUGAAUGCUUCGACUCCAUGGAUCUUCCUGAUUAUGCUCAACGCCUUACUCGUCAACGGCAUGGUCGAACGAAGCGCCAAGGUGGCGGCGGUUUCUUGGCCGAAACAAUGGGUACUGCCCCCCUAUGAAGCCCAACCUGGCAAUGCGCUUCAUAUCCCCCGAGCCAAGACUCUAUUCAUCUGGGAAAACCAUUAUAUCAAAUUUGAUGCUGGGGAUGCUCACACCUGGACCGUUUUCAAUCCGAUGGACUGUGAGGUCCUCAUCACUGCCCACUUCAAAAAUCCCAAUGGGCAAGAUUCAAAAACCGACUUCGCUUUCCCUGCAAAUUCCACUGUUGAUCUCAAUAUACCCCUCACUACAGAACUGAUAAUCGAUGUGGUUUCGGUGGAUGGAUUGCAUUAG